AUGCGCGCGGCCGCCGGCUCCGCCGCCUCCCCGCACGCCUCUCCCUCGCCGUCCCGCUCGCCCCCCCACCCGUCCGCCGCGUCGAUGGCGCGCGCGCUGGCGAGCGGAAGCGCGGAGGACGCGAAGGCGGCGGGCAACGAGUACUACAAGGCAGGCCGCUUCGCCGACGCGCUUCAGCUCUACGACCGCGCCGUCGCUCUCGCGCCCACGCGCGCACACUACCGCGCAAACCGCGCCGCCGCGCUGUCCGCACUCAACCGGGUGGCAGACGCCGUCGCGGACUGCGAAGAGGCCGUGCGGCUGGACGGCAGCUACGCUCGCGGGCGGCAGCGUUUGUCUGGUCUGUACCUGCGGCUGGGGCGGGUGGAGGACGCGCGCGCGCAGCUGGCGGAGAUGGCGGAGGGGGAGGCGGCGGAGGAGAGGGCGCGCUUAGAGCGGGUGGAGGGGUGUGUGGCGCGGUGCGAGCAGAGCGUGCGGGCGGGCGACUGGCAGGGCGCGGUGGUGGAGGCGGACGGCGCCCUCAGGGAUGGCGCUGACCUCGCCCCGCAGCUGUGGCUGUGGAGGGCGCGCAGCUGCAGGCAUCUCGCGCGCCUCUCAGAGGCGGAGGCCGCGCUGACGUCAGCGAGGGGGGCGCUGACAGCGCUGUGGGCGUCAGUGGCGGGCGAGGGGGCGGGCGGGGGGCGAGGGCGGGCGGUGAGAGCGGUGGAGGGCGACAUGGUGGACGAGGACGUCAGGCUCUCGCUGCUGCUCGGCAGGUUCGACUUGGCAGUGGCGAGGGCGGAGCAGGGCGCCAAGCUUUUCCCCGACCACCCCGCGCUGCCCGCGCUGCUCGCCACUGCGCACCAGCUGGCGGCGGCGCGCACGGGCGGCAACGAGCUGUUCAAGGCGGGCGACGCGGCGGGGGCAGCGGAGGCGUACUCGCGGGGGAUAGCGGCGGGCGGUGAGGGCAACCCUGUGCUGCUGUGCAACCGCGCUGCGUGCCGCAUGCAGCAGCGCCGCUGGCACGACGCCCUGGUGGACUGCCAGCGCGCCCUCGCUGCCCACCCCGCCUACUGCAAGGCGCUGCUCCGCCAGGCCACGUGCCACACUCAGCUGCAGCAGUGGGAGGCGGCACACCGGGACUACCUGCAGCUGCGCCAGCUCAUGCCCAACGACGCUGAUGUGGCCAAGGCCUUGGCUGACGUGGAAGCGAAGCUGAAUAAGGCUGGAAUGCCAGGCAGCAGUGGGGCGGAUGGCAGGAGGGGCGGGAGUGUGACAGGGAGAGGGGGUGGCAGCAGCGGCAGAGUGGUGGCGGUGCGCACAGACAGCGAGUUCCGAGGGGCCGUCACCAGCAUGGGGCUGCUCGUGGUGGCCUUCAGUGCUGCAUGGUGCGGCCCGUGCCGCCAGGCCGCGCCGCUGUUUGAGCGCCUCAGUGCCGCCCACCCCACCGUCAAGUUCCUCAAGGUGGACAUCGACGUGCUGCCAGAGGUGGCAGCACGAGAGGGCGUGCAGUCAGUGCCGACGUUCAAGGUGUGGAAGCACGGCGCACGCGUCACAGAGGUGGUGGGCGCACAGCUGCCGCAGCUGGACGCCGCCAUCCGCUCCGCCCUGAAGUCGCUCAGCCACGGCUUCUGA